UUUGCUCCUGCCGGCUCUGUUGGUGCUCAGUUCUAUGGGCCACGUGGAACCAUCGGAGAACCAGCGCCUCUUCAGACAUGCGGCAGAUCGCAUGAGGUCCUUGCAUCUGAUGGCUGUGAACAUGAUCAGUGACUUUGAGAACAGCCUGGACUUUGAUGACCGUGUAGAGCUCAGCGGCAACUUCCUGUUGUCCGAAUGCUUCUCCGACUCCAUCCAGGCCCCGUCCAACAGGGAGGAGAUUCAGAAGAGUACCCUUCUGAAGGUUCUACGCAUCUCCCACCAGCUGCUGGUGUCAUGGGAGUACCCUAGCCAGGCUUUCAGUGGAACCUUCACCAACAGCCUGAAGCCCAACGCCAUCACAAACAGACUCAGUGACCUGAGAAGGGGUCUCCAUACCAUUAUCAUGCACUUGACUGGCCAGUCCUCUGUUGAGGAGUACUUGUUGGCACCUGCAGUCUUUGACGAGUCUUACCUGAAUGACGGUGCCCCGAGGGCGAUCUACUCCCUGAUGGCUUGCUUCAGACGGGACAUCCACCGCGUGGAGACCUUCCUUAGGGUCGCCCACUGUCGUGUGUCCCCCAAGGAGCCUAUUAUUGAUAACUCAUUUGUUUGUGUGUGGUUGACUUGUAUUGACUUGGUGUUGCUGCUACUGCUGCUGAGUAUGACUGGAAAUGGGGCAGUGGCUAUCAAUAGUCAGCAUCUGUUCAACAACGCUGUCAUUCGUGUGCAAGUCCUGCACCAGUUGGCUGCGAGAAUGAUCAAUGACUUUGAGGAUAACCUGUUUCCGGAGGACCGCAGGGCUCUGAGUAACAUCUUCCCCCUAUCUCACUGCAUCUCGGACAACAUCCCAGCCCCCAGCGACAAGGACGAGACUCAGAGGAGCUCCGUUCUCAGGUUGCUCCGCACAUCUCUCCGGCUGAUCGAAACCUGGGAAUAUCCAAGCCAGGCUUUCAGUGGAGCCUUUCUUAACAGCCUGGGGCCCAACGCCAUCUCAGAAAAGCUCAACGACCUAAAGAUGGGCGUCAGCUUGCUCAUUGGGGCCUACCUGAACGGUCAACCUGACAUGCAAGGCAACGACUCUCUGCCCCUGGCCUUUGAGGACUUCUAUAUGACCCUGGACGACAACGACCUGAGCAAGAGCUACCGGCUUAUGGCUUGUUUCCGCAAGGACAUGCACCGCGUGGAGACCUUCAUCACCAUGGCCAGGUGCCGAAGGUCCCCAGACGCCAACUGCACCCUCUGAAAGCAGUCGGGUGACCAGGGACACCAUGCCAAACCACCGACCA